AUGGCUGCUUUUUCUCGGGUCACUACCUCUCGUUCAAACCCCACUACUUCGCCCACAUGGAAUCCUCCAUACAAACUCCCACCUACGGCAUCUGUCAGGCCACGAUCUACAUCUUGCCCGGCUAAAUAUUCUGCGGAAUUGGUGCAGAGAUGUCCUCUGCCAUGGGAAUGGCGACCAGCUAGGAUGAAGAUACGAGUUGCCGGUACACCAAGACUUCCGCCUCAGACUCCCCCGCCGCAGAGUCCCUCGUCACAGAGCCCUACGUCACAGAGUCCUCCAUCCCUUACCUGCUCGCCUAAAAGCCCGUCGUCGCCAAACAUCGAAAUAAACAAGCCAAAGGGCGCUAUGGCGCGGCUGGCAACGCGGAAACGUAUGGAAGCCAUCACAAUACAGGACUCGGAUGACAAGAUUCGUCGAGCAGGAGACACAGGAGGCUACGCCAGUGGAGAGAGGGACCUGGCGCAUCUCUGA